AACACCGUUACCGAAUAGAAACAUGGCGACGAGUAGCGGCUCAACCAAAAUUUGGCAUUUUCAGGGUGUAUCCAGGCUUAUCAAUUUAUGGGUCAAAUGGAAGAAAUAUAUACCUCUUCUAGACGGCUCCCUUGGGAGUGCGUUUCAUCUGGUUCGGCAUACGGAGUCUCUGGCAGGAGCAUGCAGCUAAACUGCUCUGGCAUAAGCCAAUUUUCUUUUUUUCUUUUGUCUUAUAAUCCUUAUUUCCUUUCAACACGUCGUUCGUUUUGGUUUUUAAACAUUCAGCGUUCUCUUGACAUUCUUGUCGGUCCACUCGCUUUGAUUGCAUCUUUUACUAUGAUACCAGUUUGCUAUUCAUUCUCUCGUUUUCUGAAUCAUUCUCAUCAUUAUACAUUAUGGCAGAUAUUUGCCGAAACCACAGGUCUCGAAUUUCUUUUUUUUACCCUUAAUGUCAAUCUACCGAAGCUCAUCAAUCAAGCUAUAUCUCUUAAUUCCACUGUAAAACUUAUAGGUGGAAUAUUUCAGUUUUUAGCAAUUUGGUGAUGCAUUUAACCUCUAACCACUUGAGACAGCCUCAUCAUAUUUUGAGACAAAACUUUGAUCAUUUACCGAUAAUGAGUGUAGCAUUGUUGUUGCCGAUGGGAGUAAUGGUAACAUUCUUUAUGUCUAGUCUCACCCUUUUUCCCCGCACAACUCCUCCCCACGGUCUUGAAGGGAUUCAUGCAAGCUAAAACCUAGGGCCCCACUACUUCCAACCAGCAAUUCAGAUACUUGGCAAUAAAAACUCAUUGUCGUAUAAAGUCUUCCUUUUCUUAAUUGCAAUGGGAAAUGUCC